AUGCCCUCAGAUCAUAACGACAAAAACGCGAAUCAAGAGUCCGUCGAAGAGGCUGUUUUGAAAUAUGUUGGUGUAGGCCUAGAUCACCAAAACCAUGACUCUCAAUUGCAUACGAAGGAUCUGGAAAACAAACAUUCUAAAAAGCAAAAUAUUGUGGAUAGUAGUAGUGAUAUCGAUGUUAAUAACAAUGAUGACAGUAAUAGAAAUAACGAUAAUAACGAUGAUUCCGAGAAUAUUAACACACUGAAUGCUACUGAAUCACCUUCAAAUGUGGAUAAUUCCAACUCUAAUGAACAGCAUAAUGCUGUCAUGGAUUGGUAUUUGAGACAAACAGCGCAUCAUCAACAAGACGGCGAAGAAGAAGAAAACAAUAAUAACAAUGGCAACGGCAAUGACAGUAAUAAUCACUUUUCUCAAUCUGACAUGGUCGUGGAUGACGACGACGACGACAAGAACAAGAAAGAUGCGAGUGUUGGUAUUGACGACGACCAUCAAUCUAUGGCCAUGGCUGCCGUGGCAGCUGCUUAUACUCUAACGAAAAAUAACAAUAAUAACAGUGAUAAUAAUAAUAAUAAUAAUGAUGAUAAUAAUAAUAACAAUAAUCUUCAUAAAAGACACCAUGAGCAUGCAAAUGGCCAUGAGAAUUUGAAGAAAAAGCAGAGAAGCAAUAACGAUGAUGAUGAUAAGCAAAUUGGAAACGUCGAUCCAGAAUUAACUACUUUAGGUGAUGCAGAUGACAAUGAUACUAAUAACGAUGUGAUCGAUCGUGACCAACUAGUUCAUAAGGCUAUUAUCGAUGCUGAUUCUAUUACCCAGCAUCCUGACUUCCAGCAAUAUUUGAAUACAGCCGCUGAUACUGAUGAUAACGAAAAAUUGAAACAUAUUAAAGAUCACCUGAUGCGUACUCAUGGUUUAAAUCAUCAGAACAAAAAUGACAACGAUGAUACUGAUGAUUUAUCAAAUAAUACAAAGCAAUACUCCGACCUACAAAAAGAUUCGAUGCUGGACAAUUCUCUUAAUAAAUCUAGAAACUAUAUGGAGGUUUUGCCCAAAGUUAUCUCUCAAGAUACUCAACAACAUCAACAAAAAUCCCCUUCUCAUGACAAUGAACCUGGUAAUGUAGACAACUCAGAAAUCUCCCAACUACUUCAAUCCGCUGCCACUAAGGCUUCAUCUUUAGUCUCUUUAUCCUCAUCCUCAGCAACUCCAUCCACUUCGAGGUCCAACAAUAGCAAAGCCUUCGACAAAGCGGAAGACGCGGCUUUAGAAAGGUUUAUCAAUGAGUAUGAGGCUAUUGAACGCUUGACUAGACAACAAGUUUGUGAAAGGAUAUGGAGUUCUGACAGACCAAAGGAUAACUUCUGGAAUAAUAUCUACAAAGUUUUACCCUAUAGAUCCAGUUCCUCGAUUUACAAGCAUAUGAGAAGAAAAUACCAUAUUUUUGAGCAACGUGGUAAAUGGACCGCGGAGGAGGAACAAGAACUAGCUAAAUUAUGUGCGGAGAAGGAAGGCCAAUGGGCAGAAAUAGGUAAAACUUUAGGAAGAAUGCCAGAAGAUUGUAGAGAUCGGUGGAGAAACUACGUGAAAUGUGGUACCAAUAGAGCAUCGAAUAGGUGGUCUGUUGAAGAAGAAGAGUUAUUGAAGAAGGUCAUCAGUGAUAUGUUGGAAGAGGCCCAGCAGCAGCAAUCCCAGCUGCAUCCUAACUUAUUGGAAGAGGAACAGCAUCUACUACAAGAUGACCAGAAUGAUCAUCAUACUAAUGAAGAAGACGAUGAUGAUACGAAUUCGGCUGCUGCUGCUGCUGCUGCUGCUAUUCAAGAACAACAGCAACUUCUUCAACAAAAGCAACGAGAUGAUGAUGACGCUAUUGCUGCUGCUGCUGCUGCUGCUUCUUCAUCUUUGGAAGACGGCAACAAAGACGAAGAAAAACCACAUGAUUCACUAGGUAUUCAACUGGAUGAAAAUACUCAAAAUUCGAUGGUCUCUGUGCCAUCAACAACAGGCACACACUCAAAAAGUUUGUCAAACACAAUAAGACGUCAUAAUAAUAAGUUAAGAAAAUCUUUGAUGGGUAAUGGUAAACUAGAUUUCAAAGAUAUAAUUAAUUGGACCAUUGUUAGUGAGCGUAUGGGCGGUACAAGAUCUCGUAUUCAAUGUCGUUAUAAAUGGAAUAAGCUAGUUAAAAGAGAAGCUAUUGCCAAAAUUCAGACUGUGAAAGAUGAUGAUAUGUUAUGGAUAUUCGAAAAAUUAAGAGAUUUAGGUAUAACAGAGGAUUCUCAAGUAGAUUGGGACGAAUUAGCGGCUUUGAAGCCUGGUAUGAAAUUGAAUGGGUUAGAAUUAAAGUUAUGCUAUGAAAGAAUGAAAAAAAAGGUCAAAGGCUACAAACAAAAAUCAAUCAAUGAAAUUAGUAAAGAACUAGUUGAUUAUUUUAGCUCCAACAUUUCAAUGAAAACAGAAAAUUAG